CGCAGGCGCACCUAGCAGUCCUGCGUACGCGCACGCAAGCGUGCACGCACACGCAGACGUGCACGCACACGCGACCGUGUUGCGUCACGUGGACCUGCGCGCGUACGACUGCACGCAAUCCAACAUGGCCGCCACCAACAAGGUCACCGAGGUAAAAAAAUCAAGGUCAGAUGACGGAGAACCGCCUACCGGCGACAGCGGGAAGUCGCACCGGAAGAGAUUCAACUACAGGAGGCAUCCCAAGCCGCCGUUCUCCUACCUCGGGCUGAUGGUGACGGCGAUCCAGAGCUCUCCAUCGGGAAAAUUAACCCUUUCCGGUAUACAUCGCGCCCUGGAGAACAUGUUUCCGUUUUUCAAGUGCGAGUAUUCUGGAUGGAAAGAUUCCGUUCGGCACAACCUGUCGCUCAACAAAUGCUUCGUUAAGGUUCUGAAAGACGAGAGCAGACCAAACGGAAAGGGCAACCACUGGACUGUAAACAUAAAUAAUGUCCCUCUAGACGCCUUCAAGCGACAGGACACCAAGGAAUCCCGCGAGGCACACUACGAACACGACCUCUUCCAGGAACUCGGCAAAAGGAAGCUUUCCUCUCCUUCGCCUCCUCCUCAUGAAGAAGAGGAGGAGGAGGAAGAGGGAGAGACGACCAGGACUGGGAAGUCCCCCGACCUCAGCAACCUCCUCCCCCGGGAACGCGUCCCUGUCAGUCAGCUUCCUUUCUCCAUCGACACGCUGCUGCGGAGAGAGGAGACGCCGCGUAAGAGGCUGCGGGUCGCCAUGACGACGAGAGAUGCGGGCGGCGUUGCUAUGGCGACGAGAGAUGCGGGCAUUACAAUGGCAAUGAGGAGUGCGCAUGUCGCCAUGGCAACAACAGAUGUGGGCGUUACCAUGGCAAUGAGAGGUAUGAAUGUCGGCAUGGAAACGAACGAUGCGGGCGUUUCUAUGACCGCGAGGGAUGCGAGCAUUGCCAUGGCAACGAGAGAUGCGGGGCACUCGCCGCACCAUGCCUACGAGAGGCAGUGGCAGGUUCUCUACGAAGCAAUGCGUCUGCGGUACGACCUCGGAACGACCUUGCCGGAUCCGCGGGCCUUCGUUCCCAAUUCCGGAUUCGAUACUCUCUUCCAUCCGUCGGCGGCGUUGGCCCAGUACGGUUUCGCGGCGUACGGGCAAGCGGCCGUCUGGUACGGCAACUACGACUACCGGUUACAUCCGUAACGCGGCGCGAGAUGUCGCCACGUGUACAUACAAACGUAUACGUUUAAACAUACGCGUUAGUUUUAACAUGUUAUUUAAUUUAUCCGUGACGGCUCUAAAUUUAAUUCGGAGAAUUUAUUGAGUAAUUAAUUUGUGAUUGCUAUGUGUACUUCGAUAGAAGUAUAUCCAUUUAUAGUCUCAACCCCUUCUCUCAUUCUCUCCCCCCUUCUCUCUCUCUCUCCCUCGCGUGGUGCUCUCUUCCUCCCUCGCCCUCUUGCGUGCGCGCUCUUCCCUCCCCUCUAUCUAUCUCUCUCUCUCUCCCGAUAAAUGUUGUGUCAAUGUCGGAUCACUGUAAAAUGUUACUGCUGUUAGUUAUAAUAAUAUUUACAGUGUUAAACGUUAAGUUGACCAAUAAGUGGUUUUUCACGGUCAGUGAGACAAUCAUAAAUAAUAAAUUCAAUUGAAAUAAAACCAUAUAGAUGUACAAAGGAAAUAAAAGCUUCCUUGCAACGAGAUAAAUCGAGAGAACAUGUAUUUUCGAAUGGCCGUGUUAGUUUUAAACAGCAGCCAAAAGGAUUUUCUCAUGAUGUAAAUAUAUGUUAUCGUGUUUUUCCAGAAUAUUUGUGACUAUUGCAUAAUAAAGAACUCUUGAACUAUGAAUGUGUAAAGAACAUAUCUAUACCGUUAUAAUGAAUAUAUAACAAUAAAUAUUGCACUAGAUUCGUGAAGGAA